AUGGAGAACGUCUCACUUCUCAGCAUCUCUAGACCUCGAAUCUCUUCCUCUGCCCUGAGUACUUUUCCCGAUAUUAUAUCCUCACUUGCCUCCAGCUUGCCAGACAUUAUAAAGACAGAGAUACCCACUGAGGCUUCCAGCCCAGCUCAGGCCCUGCCACCCCAGUAUCAAAGCAAUGCUCUCUGGCAUGGGGUGCAUAGCCAAGUGCCCUCACCAGACUUGGGGGACACCCAGAAUGGGGAGCAGCUGAGGCGAAACUGCACCAUCUACCGACCCUGGUUUUCCCCUUACAGCUACUUCGUAUGCACAGACAAAGAGAGCCACCUGGAGGCCUAUGGAUUCCCAGAGGUGGACUGGGAAGAGGGCAGAGGGGACAGUUGCCUUAUUGAGGAUGUGGCUGACAGUGUCUGCUCGUCUUCCUCAUCCCAAGAGAAUACAUACCCUAGGGAGGCCAAUAAGAAAUCCAAGCAUGGUUUGGAGUCCAUUACAUCCCAGGACAUCCUAAUGGUUUCCAAGUGGCACCCAGCCCAACAGAAUGGCUACAAAUGUGCAGCCUGCUGCCGAAUGUACCCCACUCUGCACUCCCUCAAAAGCCACAUCAAGGGGGGUUUCAAGGAGGGUUUCAGCUGCAAGGUGUACUACCGAAAGCUCAAAACCCUCUGGGGCAAGGAACAGAAGGCCCGGUCAGGAGAUAGGUUCUCUUUGGGCAGCUGUCAGGCCUUCAAGUAG